AUGCGAAGUUGUGGGAGUGAAGCUGCACGAAGCAGCCGGACAACACCUUCGCCAUCACAGGUCGCUUCGGGGGCCAAGCUGCGCGGCGGUGUUUCCGCCGCUCUUCCUCUUCCUCUCCUCUUUUCUCCCUCCUCCCCAAUAUUGCACAACAUGGCCGAAGCAGCUGCUAGCAGCAUGAACGCGGAGAAAGCUACGGCGCAGUUCCGUACUGAUGCAAGGCUCAUGGAUGAGUUUGAGAACUCCGGCGAGUCUGGUAAAUAUUUUAACUACUCAAAAUCAGUUAUUCAUGCACCACAGGGCUUGAGUACCGAAGAACAAAUUACUGCUUAUUUAUCAAGUAUUCAAAGGGGUGGCCUUGUGCAAUCCUUUGGCUGUAUGCUUGCAAUUGAAGAGUCCACUUUCGAAAUCAUAGCUUAUAGUGAGAAUUGCUUUGAUAUGUUGGAUUUAAAUGAUCUUGUUGUGGUUGAUUCAAAAGAGUUGAUGGGUCUGAUUGGAAUUGAUGCAAGAACCCUUUUCACCCCUUCUUCAAGUUCCUCACUGGUGAAAGCAGCAGCUUCCAGGGAGAUUUCGUUGUGGAACCCAAUUUGGGUUCAAUCUAGGGCUACACACAAGCCAUUUUAUGCCAUACUUCAUAAAAUUGAUGUAGGAAUUGUGAUUGAUUUGGAGCCUGCUCACUCUGGUGAUCCUGAAUUGUUGCAUUCUGGUGAAGUGCAGUCCCAAAAACUAGCCGUUAAGGCGAUUUCUAGACUGCAGUCUCUCCCUGGGGGAGAUAUAGGGAUUUUGUGUGACGCGGUGGUAGAAGAUGUUCAGAAGCUAACGGGGUACGAUAGGGUUAUGGUCUACAGAUUCCACGAUGAUGAUCAUGGUGAGAUUGUGUCGGAAAUGAGAAGGUCUGACUUAGAGCCCUAUUUGGGCUUGCACUAUCCAGCGACAGAUAUACCACAAGUCGCACGAUUCUUGUUCAAGCAGAAUCGAGUUAGGAUGAUUUACGAUUGCCAUUCCCAGCCUGUUAAGAUAAUUCAAACUGAAGAAUUGAAGCAGCCUCUUUGUUUGGUUAAUUCAACUCUUCGAGCGACCCACGGAUGUCAUAUGCAGUACAUGGCUAAUAUGCAGUCUAUUGCCUCAUUGGUGAUGGCAGUUCUUGUCAAUGAUAGAGAUUCAAUGAGGCUAUGGGGAUUGGUAGCAUGCCACCACACUUCAGCACGCCAUAUCGCUUUCCCCCUUCGGCAUGCAUGCGAGUUCCUAAUGCAGGCAUUUGGGCUGCAGAUUUAUAUGGAGCUCCAAUUGGCAUCACUGGAGGAAGAGAGGAAAACUCACCGGACUCAAACCUUAUUAUGUGAUAUGCUUCUCCGGGAUAUUCCAUUGGGCAUUGUGACUCGGUCUCCUAGUGUCAUUAAUCUUGUAAAGUGUGAUGGUGCUGCAUUAUAUUAUGGUGGGGAAUGUUGGUUGCUUGGUGUCACUCCAACUGAGGUACAACUUAAGGAUAUUGUAAAAUGGCUUCUAGAUACUCAUGGGGACUCGAUCGGAUUAAGUACAGAUAGUCUUGCCGGUGCUGGCUAUCCUAGUGCUCAUCUUCUGGGUGAUGCAGUUUGUGGCAUGGCGAUGGCUCGAAUCAGAAGUAGUAGUUUGCUUUGCCCCUCUCCAUCUGAUUUUUUGUUUUGGUUCAGGACCCAUUCAGCAAGGGAAAUCAGGUGGGGAGGGGAGAAGCAUUGCCAAGCAGACAGGGAUGAUGGAAGCAAACUGCACCCCAGAUCUUCAUUCAAGGUCUUUCUCGAGGUAGUCAAAAGCCGAAGUUUGCCAUGGGAGGCUUCAGAGAUUAAUGCCAUUCGCUCUUUGCAGCUCAUGAUUAGACAUUCUUUUCAGGAGUCUGAAGACUCUGGUGCUAAACCUGUUAUGUAUUCUCAACCGAAUGAUUAUGAUAGCCUGAAGCUGGAUGAACUUAGUUCUGUGGCAGCUGAAAUGGUGCGAUUGAUAGAGACUGCUAGUGCUCCAAUUUUUGGGGUCAAUUCAUCCGGUUUCAUCAAUGGGUGGAAUGCUAAAAUGAUUGAAUUAACAGGAUUACAAGCUACCGACGCUAUGGGGAAGUCUCUAGUUAAUGAGAUCGUUCACGAAGAUUCACGUGUAGUUGUCGAAAGUGUUCUGCACAGAGCUAUGGAAGGUGAGGAGGACAAAAAUGUUGAAUUGAAGAUCCUGAGGUUUGGGAUGCAUGUACCAAACUCUGUCAUGUACCUUCUGGUUAAUGCAUGCAAGAACACGGACUGCAAAGGUGAUGUUGUUGGAGCGUGCUUCGUGGGUCAAGAUGUUACACGUGAGAAAAUUUUGAUGGAUAAAUUCACCCACCUGCAAGCGGAUUUUAAGGCUAUCGUACAAAGUCUAAAUCCACUAAUUCCACCGAUAUUUGCUUCUGACGAGAAUGCAUACUGUACUGAGUGGAAUGCAGCCAUGGAAAAACUAACUGGUUGGAUGAGGCAUGAGAUUCUUGGAAAGAUGCUUCCUGGGGAAAUUUUUGGAAAUUUUUGUCAGCUUAAAUGUCAAGACUCACUCGCUGAAUUUAUGAAUCUUGUGCACCGAGCAAUUAGUGGCCAUGAUGUUGAAAAUCUUCCUUUUGGUUUUUUUGAUAAGAAAGGGAUUUUUGUGAAGGUUCUCUUGACAGCAAACAAGAUAACAGAAGAGGGAGGCAAUAUAAUUGGUUGUUUCUUCUUCUUGCAGACUCUAGGGAUUAACCAAAAGCAGUACUUAGGAAAUAAGCAAGAGGAAGAAGGAACUGUUUCAAAACUUGAAGAAUUGGCUUACAUUCGGCAAGGGAUAAAAAAUCCCUUGAAUGGAAUCCGUUUCAUCCACCAACUCCUAGAAGCUUCAGCUAUUUCAAACAGUCAGAAACAAUUUCUAGAGACUAGUGACGCUUGCUUUCUAGCAUUUGAUACUUAUCCUGAUUCCAGCAGCAGGUUGGAGCUAAAGAUGGAAGAGUUUAUUUUGGGAGAUCUCAUAGAUGCUAUUGUUUGUCAAAUUAUGAUUCCGUUGAAGCAAAAAAAAUUGCAACUAGUACAUGAUAUCUCUGAUGAAAAUAAGUCUCUUUGCUCAUACGGGGACCGGAUGAAGCUUCAGCUCAUUUUUGCCAAUUUCUUUCAUAGCAUAGUGCAAUAUGCACCUUCUCCUGAUGGUUGGGUGGAAAUUAAGGCGUGCCCUGGAUUGAAGCUAAUACAAAAUGGAAAUGAAUUUGUUCAUCUACAGUUCAGGAUGGCUCAUCCUGGCCAAGGCCUUCCUUCUGCUCUCGUUGAAGAUAUGCUGGGAUCAAAUGAUGAUCAAUUGAGAACACAUGAAGGAGUUGUUUUGAACCUUUCUCGGAAACUUCUCCAUAAAAUGAGUGGUAAUAUUUGUUAUAUCAGAGAACAAAACACAUCUUACUUCCUGGUUGGCCUUGACCUUCAAAGACAGAAAUCAGGACAAUGA